AUGUCAUCUAAGGCUGCCUACGUCCGAGAAUCGUGGAGUUACCGCGUUGCCGCUCCGCACCGAAUUCUUUUCAAUUUAUUUCGCAAAAAGCGCGGCGGCGCCUUUCAUACACUGUUGCCAUACUUAUCAGAUGGCGCCGGCGCGCGGCGGCUAGACAGACUGUCGCCAACGCGCAGCCCCGCGAGCCCCCACCCUCACCCGCACUACCCCGUUCGUCGCACGCGCCAGCCGACCGCCUGCGCCUGCUCGCUAGUCGCGACCCGCCGCCCGCCCGCUCGGAAUCGAGAAGGACUCCACCCGUACCAUUUCACUAGGGUACAAGAGUUGCAUCCACACGACUACGCGCGUCGCCUCACGUUCUGUAAUUGGUUACGGGAAGAACGUCGCAACAUUCUGUGGACUGACGAGUCCAGAUUCACACGGGUUGGUAUGUUCAACAUACACAAUGCGCACUAUUGGACUGAAGUGAAUCCUCGUGUUGUGCGGCCAGACCACUUCCAGACUCGGUUUAGUGUGAAUGUGUGGGCCGGAAUACUCGGCAACAGAAUUUUAGGACCAGUGUUCUUGGACAGACUGAACGGAGACACGUAUCUGCGCUUGCUGAGAACCCGUGUGAGAAGAAUGUUGGAAGGUAUUCCUCUUGAAGAGAUAAGAGGGCUGCACUUUCAACAUGAUGGAGCACCCCCUCAUUUCGCCAAUAGCCUACGGGCAUUUUUAAACGGUGUGUGGUACGGCGGUGAAAGGUGGAUAGGCCGAGGAGGGCCAGUGCCGUGGCCUCCUCGCUCGCCGGAUUUGACCCCUUUAGACUUUUUUUUGUGGGGUCGUGUAAAGGACCUUGUGUAUAGCCAAACUGGACAUGAUAUUAGAAGUGCGGAAGAACUUAAAAGGCGCAUCAGACGCGCAUUUAGACGUGUAAAAAGUGAAACGGACACAUUAAAUAAAGUGAAGAGACAAGUGCGUAAGCGUGCCUUCGUUUGUGUGCAACGCGAAGGCGGACUUGUGCAACAGUUUUGUAGAUAA